GGAUAAAACUCCAGCCACAGUCAGGUCACCAGGGGACCAGCAGGCACAGCCUGGUGGUGGUGCUCUCGCGUGGCAGCAGACAGCAGCGGCACAACCAUGCCCAGGUACACGGUGCACGUACGCGGGGAGUGGCUGGCCGUGCCCUGCCAGGACGCGCAGCUCACAGUGGGCUGGCUGGGCCGCGAGGCGGUGCGGCGCUAUGUCAAGAACAAGCCGGACAACGGCGGCUUCACCUCGGUGGACGACGUGUGUUUCCUCGUACGCCGGUGCAAGGGGCUGGGCCUGCUGGACAAUGAGGACCCGCUGGAAGUGGCCCUGGAGGACAACGAGUUCGUGGAAGUGGUUAUAGAAGGCGAUGCAAUGUCUCCCGACUUCAUUCCAUCUCAGCCAGAAGGAGUCUACCUAUACAGCAAGUACCGGGAGCCUGAAAAGUACAUUGCCUUAGAUGGGGACAGUCUGACCACAGAGAAUCUGGUCAGCUUGGGAAAAGGACACUACAAAAUAAAGCUCACCUCAACUGCCGAGAAGAGGGUGCAAAAAUCCCGAGAAGUCAUAGAUAGCAUCGUGAAGGAACGAACAGUUGUUUAUGGCAUCACUACAGGUUUUGGGAAAUUCGCCAGAACUGUAAUUCCUAUCAAUAAGCUACAGGAGCUUCAAGUCAACUUGGUACGCUCACAUUCUUCAGGUGUUGGGAAACCAUUAAGUCCCGAGAGGUGUCGGAUGCUCUUGGCUUUAAGGAUCAAUGUCUUAGCCAAAGGCUACAGUGGCAUUUCCCUGGAGACCCUCAAACAAGUCAUUGAAGUAUUUAAUGCCUCCUGCCUAUCCUACGUCCCAGAGAAAGGAACCGUUGGUGCCAGUGGAGACCUUGCCCCACUCUCUCAUCUCGCUCUUGGGCUCAUUGGAGAAGGGAAGAUGUGGUCUCCAAAGAGUGGCUGGGCUGACGCUAAAUACGUUCUGCAAGCCCAUGGACUGAAACCAGUUGUUUUGAAGCCAAAAGAGGGUUUGGCACUCAUCAACGGGACUCAGAUGAUCACCUCUCUGGGCUGCGAAGCUGUAGAGAGAGCCAGUGCCAUUGCACGGCAAGCCGACAUCGUGGCAGCCCUGACCCUCGAGGUUCUGAAGGGCACCACUAAAGCCUUUGAUACUGACAUUCAUGCUGUUCGCCCUCAUCCUGGGCAAAUUGAAGUCGCUUUUCGAUUUCGGUCACUCUUGGACUCAGAUCACCAUCCAUCAGAAAUAGCAGAAAGUCAUAGGUUCUGUGAUCGUGUUCAGGACGCAUACACCUUGCGCUGUUGUCCCCAGGUCCAUGGUGUGGUGAAUGAUACAAUAGCAUUUGUGAAGAACAUCAUUACUACAGAACUAAACAGUGCAACAGAUAAUCCUAUGGUCUUUGCCAGUAGAGGAGAGACAAUUUCCGGAGGAAACUUCCAUGGUGAAUAUCCAGCCAAAGCCCUGGAUUAUUUAGCCAUUGGUGUCCAUGAACUUGCUGCCAUUAGCGAAAGAAGAAUUGAAAGGCUCUGUAACCCCUCCCUCAGUGAGCUGCCAGCCUUCCUGGUGGCUGAAGGAGGUCUGAACUCUGGAUUCAUGAUUGCCCACUGCACAGCUGCAGCCCUCGUUUCUGAAAGCAAGGCUCUGUGCCACCCCUCGUCUGUUGACUCUCUCUCCACCAGCGCGGCCACGGAGGACCAUGUCUCCAUGGGAGGAUGGGCAGCGAGGAAGGCCCUCAGGGUCAUCGAGCACACAGAACAAGUGCUGGCCAUAGAGCUUCUUGCAGCCUGCCAGGGCAUAGAGUUUCUACGCCCCCUGAGGACGACCACUCCGCUGGAGAAGGUCUAUGACCUGGUGCGCUCUGUUGUCAGGCCUUGGAUAAAAGAUCGCUUCAUGGCCCCAGAUAUCGAGGCAGCCCACAGGCUGCUCCUGGAGCAGAAGGUUUGGGAAGUAGCUGCACCGUACAUUGACAAAUACAAAAUGGAACAUAUUCCAGAAUCAAGACCUGUUUCUCCCACAGCCUUUUCACUGGAAUCUCUGCACAGGAAAUCCAGCAAAAUUGCAGAGUCUGAGGACCUUUAAUGGGCUUUGUCAUGGAUUAGCAGCUUGGGUGGCGUUUAGUGUAGCACACAGCAGUAUUGUGCUGAAGAAUAGGCCUGAGAACUUUCCUAAGUAGGUCAAUCCAUCAUAUAACUCAGUUCUUCCCAAACCUACUUUGGUUAAGCUGGUGGCUUAGUAGCGGAGGUACUGAAUUUGGCAUGGUGUUCCUGUUGCCGGGGUCUGAGACACACUAGGUGUUUUCAGAUUAUAGGCAUUUUCUUUCUUAACGAUAUCACUUUUAGGGGUGGGAAGACAACUACACAGGUAUAGAUGGAUCUGUUUUUUACUCUUAGCGUGAGAUAAACUCAGAGCUGGGAACAGAUUGGUAGCAUUCUUUUCUAAAAACAUUAGACUUUUGUAAAUCUUUUUGUUAAUGUUUUGUUGUUUGCUUUGGCAAGCUCUCUACCCGUUGACUUUCUUGGGCUGAUUGUACUACGCCACGAUAUGACACAUGUCCCUUAAUACGCCUUCAUAAAUACUCAUUUAAAUCACAA